GCGCAAAAAGUUUGAACAGUGUUAUUUUUGAUUAAUGCUAAUGUUAUUUUUAUUAAUGCUAAUGUUAUUAAUAAAUAACCUACCCAAUAAUUUAUUAAGUUCAUGAGAUGACUGUUGUGUCUAUUCUUUAUUAAAUACUCUAACAAUCCUCAUCAAAGGUAUUAUCUUUGCCCUCAUCACACCUUUUGCAUGGCACACAACUUUGAGUGGGUUUCUAAAAUAGGAGACUAGAGUGAAAGAUGGCAAGCUGUGUUUCAGUAGAAGAUGGUUUCACCCUCACUGACUUGCUGUCGCAAGAGGGUGUCACUUUGGAGAUUGGAAAUGAUAUGAACGAUUUUGAAGAAGAUUUUGAAUACUCCAAAAAUGUAUUCAUGUCGAACGAUGAGAUUUUGAAAUUUCUCAAUAUGGGCGAUGCAGAUGAAGUUGAUGAAAAUGAAGAAAAUGAAGAGGCUCCUGAAGCUGUAAUGCCAUGUGACAUUAACUUUGAUAAACUAAGAAGAAAGAUGAAUGAUAUUCUUGGCAACGGCAUGGUCAUGAAGCUAACAAGAAGAGAAGGAGUCGGGGAAAAAGUACCUGACGGCGCACAGGUUUCUAUAAAAUAUAUAGGUUACUUCGAAUACCAAGAUGAACCAUUUGAUUCGUCAUACGCACAUGGUUCUGGACCAGACGUUUUUCGCUUGGGCCAAGGACAAGUUAUACCAGGGUUAGACCUUGGGAUCAGCACGAUGAGAAAACACGAAAUAUCUGUUUUUCUCAUAAAGGCAGACUAUGCAUAUGGCCCAUUAGGCUGCCAACCUCGAAUUCCUCCCAAUCAAGAAGUUUUGUUUGCAGUUUACCUUACUGAUUUUAUCGAUCAUGGAACCGCCGAAACUUUCAAUAAUCUGUCUGUUGACGAACAAAAGUUAUUUGCAGUUGUCAAAAAGCGUGCAUUGACUAUGAUGGUUAAUGGCAAUGAGAACUAUAGAAAAGAGAAAACAAGACAGGCGAUAAGAGACUACUCGAAAGUUGUCAGUAUGCUGGAAGGAGCUCAAUUAGAAAAUGACGAAGAGGAAGAGGAACAAAAAAAGCUAUUAACGAGGGCGUAUGGAAAUUUGGCAGUUUGCUAUAACAAGGAGAACAGACCGCGAAAUGCAUGUGUGGCUUGCCAAAAAGUCCCAUAUCCUAAUGCAAAAACUUACUUCCAGGUGAACUUCAAGUUGCUGCCAUGGAAAAAAGUCACCUUAGCAAACAAGUUAACACUUUAUAAUAAACUAAGAAAAUCAUUUUACAAAGCCCUAGCCCAUUAUCUUUGUGGGUUUUCUUUUGGAAGAGCACUUCUUCGGUUAGGAGAAUUUGAAAAAGCUAAAGAUCAGUUGUGGAAAGCCAGAGAACUAGAACCAAACAAUAAACAGACUCUUAAGGAAAUCAAACAAGCGGAUGACAUGCAUGUCAAGUACAAAUCGGCAGAAAAACGUCUUUGGACAAAUUGUUUAAAGAUAACUAAAGAAGAAGCAGCAAGAACUGAGUUCGAAAAGGCGGCUUAUGAACUUUGUGAAACCUUUAAGAACGAUAUUGACUUGAUAAGACAACCAUUACCAGAUGGUUUAACGCCGGACGAAGAUCAGUGCAUUCGAGAAGUUGCUUUAAGUCACGGACUUUCAAUCACAAAUCAUAAACGAUAUGGAAAAGAAAUUGUUUUUCUCACAAAACCUAAUUAUUAGGGAAAGUUUACAAGUCAUGCUUAAUUGGGGACUAGAAUAUAAAACUGAUAUUAAUGAAGCUGAUCUCGAAUUCUUCAUUUCUUCUACGGUGUAGACUUAUAUUUUUUAUUUUGAUAUAUUAUUUUUCGGUCUUUAAGUCGGUAGUAUAUAUACAUUGUGAGUAUCACAAUACGCAGAAGCUAUUAUCAUCUGAUUGAAAUAUGAAUUAAUUUCAAAAGUUAUGUUUCAUUUGUCUGAUUUUUAAAAUUGGAAGCUUUAAUGAUAGAAAUCAUAACUAGAAAUUUAUGAUAACAGGGUAUAUUCAGAGGGACAGUUGGUUUUAUACAAAGCGGGCAGUAUUAAACAUCGUAAUGGCCGAUAGAAAGAAAAAAUCGAAGUCUCAAAACAUUUUUGGUCCGUUACAUAUUUUGGGUACUACAUAGCAUUAAAAUUGCAUGUAUGUGUACAGUUAGUUGCAAGUGCGUGAUCUGCGAUCUAGAAAAGCAGUAUCUCCUACCGCAGUAACUUCAGGCUGCUUCGAGCUUAAAAAAAAAA